UCAGCGGGAGAAACGGAAACGGGUCCAGAGUUUUGAUGUAAAAGUUCAGUUCAAUCGAGUCGUUUUGUUUUUAUGUGACAUUUAUCCCUUCUAGAAUGCGACGCUCAGGAGCUCCCAGUCAGCUUUUGGGUAAUGCAGCGAAAAAACCUCGGUUCCUGCCACCCGGAGCUUCUGCUUUAUAUCCAGUAACUGAAUCAAAGCCUCUUGUCUCUAAACAUGGUUUGGAGAAUGCUCUGGAUAAGGUCCACAGAAGUCUUUCAGCAUCAGUUGUGACUAAAACCACCUGCACUGUUCAGGCUGAAACUAGCCAGGCUCCUCCAGGCUUGUCCAAAGUGCUGGCCUGUGUCCUCAGUGCUACAGAGACUAAAGAAAACCUGAUAGAGACAAAAUAUGAAGACUCUACAAGUGACCAUACAGAGGAUGUAAAUCUAUCAGGACUAAAUGAAAGCCCUCCUUGGACUCAUGGGUCUCCUCAAACCCCUCAACCUCCUUCAGAUCCUGCAGACUCUGGCUGUGCACUUGACGGGGCCCGUUACUUUAGUGUGGUCUGGUGUAAAGCCAGUAAGAAGAAACACAAGCGCUGGGAAGGUGACGCCGUUCUGGUUGUGAGAGGGCGUUCUGUUGUACUCAAAGACAUGGAGGGGAAGGAUAUUGGGAAGGGUAGUGGCUACAAGGUGUCAGAGCUGGCCUCACUGUCUGAGGGAGAGACGUUGAUGAUUGGAGGGAAGGAGAUAGAGGUGAUGGGCAUCAUUUCCGCUGAGGACUUUGCCAAAGGACGCUGUUUCCAGGAGGUUCAGACAGAUCAAGCAGAGUCGCACACAAAGGCUCUCCCGCCUCCCUCUCGCAGCUUUAACUCCAAACGCUUCUGCCCCCCGUCAAUGUUGGGGAGAUCAGGGCUUCCAGAAAAUAAUAAACCACAAGGGGAACAAACCAGCAAACCUCGAUAUGACCCCUUAGCUCCAGGUGCGCUGGUGAUGCCUCGCCCCUCUUCUAACCACCAGUGGCUUCACAACAAGUCAGGCCUUUCUGUGGUUGAUGUGGUGGUUGACCCACACCUGACCACGCACCUGCGACCCCACCAGAGGGAGGGCAUCCUCUUCCUCUAUGAGUGUGUUAUGGGCAUGAGAGCUGCAGGUCGCCACGGCGCCAUCCUGGCUGAUGAGAUGGGUCUUGGGAAGACUCUGCAGAGUGUGGCGCUGUGCUGGACGUUGUUGAAGCAAGGCCCUUACGGCGGUAAACCGAUUGUGAAGCGGGUCCUCGUGGUCACUCCUGGCAGCCUCGUGCAGAACUGGAGAGCAGAGUUUAACAAGUGGCUCGGCCGGGAAAGGAUCAGCAUCUUCACUGUGGAUCAGGACCACAGGAUAGAGGAGUUUCUGUUAUCUCCUCUACAUAGUGUUCUCGUGAUCAGCUACGAAAUGCUGCUGCGCGGCCUGGAGCAGAUCCAGAAAGUGGAGUUUGGGCUCAUCAUUUGCGACGAGGGUCACAGGCUGAAGAACAGCAGCAUCAAAACAUCCUCCGCCCUCAGCAGCCUCAGCUGUAACCGCAGAGUCAUACUCACAGGGACGCCAGUACAAAACGACCUGCAGGAGUUCUACGCCAUUAUAGAGUUUGUUAACCCAGGAAUUCUUGGUUCGACAACGGCUUAUAGAAAAGUGUAUGAGGAACCAAUUCUACGCUCCAGACAGCCAUCCUGCUCUGAAGAGGACAGAGUUCUGGGGGAAGAGCGUGCUGCUGAACUCUCUCGUCUCACUGGCAUGUUCAUUUUGAGACGGACACAGGAAAUCAUUAACCGCUACUUACCACCUCGUCUGGACUGGACAUUGUUCUGCAUGCCGUCCCCGCUGCAGCAGAAGCUGUACAGACAUCUCCUCUGCCACCAGGUCUUCAGAGCCUGCCUUCAGGGCUUUACUCAAAGCAGUACACACCUGGCCUGCAUCACUGCACUAAAGAAGCUCUGCAACCAUCCUGGUUUGCUCCACACCACUGUCAAGGAGAGGACUGACCGUGGAUCUAUGGAGAGUUCUUUAUACGAGGGGCUGUCCGAUCUCUUCCCAGAAUCCUAUUCCUUGGCUGGAUUCAGCACCUCUGACUCUGGAAAACUUUUAGUUCUCUCUGACCUGCUGAGUGCCAUCAGACAGCUCAGCCCCUCAGAUCGGGUGGUUCUGGUGUCAAACUACACUCAGACUCUGGACUUACUACAGGACAUGUGCGUACACGCCGGUUACACAUUCCUGAGGCUGGAUGGUCAGACACCUGUAAGCCAGCGCCAGCGACUGGUUGACAGUUUUAACAGCCCCUACUCUCAGAGCUUUGUGUUCCUGCUGAGCUCCAAAGCAGGCGGGGUGGGGCUCAAUCUGAUCGGAGCGUCCCACCUGGUGCUAUAUGACAUCGACUGGAACCCCGCCAAUGACAUCCAGGCCAUGGCUCGUGUUUGGAGAGAUGGACAGAAAAAGAGUGUGCACAUUUACCGCCUCCUUACUGCAGGCACCAUUGAGGAGCGUAUAUUUCAGAGACAGGUGUCCAAACAGGGCCUGUCAGGAACCGUGGUCGACUUGGGGAAAGCGGCUGAACACACCAGUUUCUCUACCAGUGAGCUGCGAGAUCUUUUCAGUCUGACCGACACGCCGUGCUUGACUCAUGACCUGCUGAACUGCAGCUGCAGCAUGGACGGGUCGGUCAACGACGUGGAGGGGGAGGAGGUGGAGCAGAUCUCUGACAGGCCUUGCCAGCUUGGUCGUCAGGGCGACCGUAAGGGGGCGGCACAGAAGCAUCUCAGCAUGUCCGAGCUCAUGCAGUGGAGACACUUCUCUGGCGACACACACUCCUACUCAGACCCCUACCUCGACCACGCACGCAGCCACAUCACAUUUGCCUUCCAGACCACCAUCUCCGAUGCAGCCCAGUGAACACCUGACCUGCCUGUUCACACAUUUCCACACAGUAUUCCCAUCUUAGUUUCAAAAAUACUUUAUUUUCUAUAUAAACUUUAUUGUAACUUUCUGUUCAUAAAAUAAAUAAAU